GCAUUAUAUCGUCUUCAGUGAACAAUGUAAACAUGAUUACCAUUCAAGUAAACGUACGACUUUUUGGAAGCUACUCUCUGCGCUUCACUCUUGCAUAUCGGUUAACGAGGACGUCAGCUGUAUGCAAGAAGUUCGGGAAAACCAUGAAUAUGAUCAAGAAAAUUCUUUCAGACGUUGAAGAUAAUAAGCACCAUCACGGAAUAUUUCACAACAUACCUCCUGCACCUCCAUUACCCAGAAAAUUUCGGUAA